UAAUUCUGUGUGAGUCGGAGUCUGUGUGUGUUUAAUGUUGUUGCUGUGUGUGCUUGAGUCUCCGUGCGUUCAUCUCUUUGCCUGUGAGUCAUGUGUCUCUGUGUAAAUCCGUGUGAUGUGAGCCUUAGUUCGCUUUGUCCGCGAGUGAGUCCUGCGAGCGAGCGAGUGAGUGAGGAGUCCGUGGCGCCGUGUCACAGGAGGAGCAGGAUGGGUCACGCGGCCCCGCUCGCCCUGGCUGCCCUCUGCGUCUCGGCCGCGGGCCUCGCAUUGGCCGUUGCGGCCGCGGCCGCGCCGCAUUGGCUCUCGCGGGCUACACUGGGCGCCUACCUGGUGCAGGACGAGGUGUUCAGCGAGGGGCUUUGGCAAACGUGCGUGGAGCGCGCGCUGCUCGGCCACCGCCAGUGCUCCGAAUACUUCACGCUGCUCGCGGCGCCCGGCGCCCUGCAGCCGGCGCGCGCCCUGCUGCCCCCCGCCGUGCUGCUCGCCCUGCUGGGCGUCGCAGUGGCCGCGCCGCCCGCAUGCUGCCGCUGCCGGGCGCCGCGCCUGCUACUCGCAGGCGGCUGCGCGCUUGGCCUCUCCGGCGCGCUGUGCCUCGCCGCCGUGGGGUUCGUGUGCGCGCGCGUCGUCAGGGACUUCUUCGACCCCUUCGUCCCGGAGCCCCAGAAGCCCGAGUUGGGCUCCAGCAUCUACGUGGGCUGGGCCGCGUCGGCCGCCCUUCUGUGCGGCUGCGCCCUGCUGCUGUGCUCGGCGUACGCGCAGCAGCAGCAGCAGGAGGAGGAGGCGCGCGACCUCGACCCCACCGCCCCCUCCAACGCGCGCUGGCCGCAGCGCGUCUCCUACAUAUGAGCUGGCGGGCAGCUCGCAGAAUCCGGCACUGAUUCUCGUUCGUCUUUAGCACGUUGCUCUUGCGCUUCAAGUUAGAGUGCUGCUGCACCAUGGAUCGUGUUAGUACGACGUGUUAGUGUCACUGCCGGGUGGAGUGCUCUUGCGCUUCAAGUUAGAGUGCUGCUGCACCAUGGAUCGUGUUAGUACGACGUGUUAGUGUCACUGCCGGGUGGGUUACUCUGUGCUUCAAGUUAGAGUGUUGCUACAGCAUGGAUCGUGUUAGUACGACGUGUUAGUGUCACUGCCGGGUGGAGUGCUCUUGUGCUUCAAGUUAAAGUGCUUCUACACCAUGGAUCGUGUUAGUACGACGUGUUAGUGUCACUGCCGGGUGGAGUGCUCUUGCGCUUUAAGUUAGAGUGUUGCUACAGCAUGGAUCGUGUUAGUACGACGUGUUAGUGUCACUGCCGGGUGGGUUACUCUGUGCUUCAAGUUAGAGUGUUGCUACAGCAUGGAUCGUGUUAGUACGACGUGUUAGUGUCACUGCCGGGUGGAGUGCUCUUGCGCUUUAAGUUAGAGUGUUGCUACAGCAUGGAUCGUGUUAGUACGACGUGUUAGUGUCACUGCCGGGUGGGUUACUCUAGGCUUCAAGUUAGAGUGUUGCUGCACCAUGGAUCGUGUUAGUACGACGUGUUAGUGUCACUGCUGGGUGGAGUACUCUGUGCUUCAAGUUAGAGUGUUGCUGCACCAUGGAUCGUGUUAGUACGACGUGUUAGUGUCACUGCUGGGUGGAUUACUCUGUGCUUCAAGUUAGAGUGCUGCUACACCAUGGAUCGCGUGUGAUCGUUUUAUUCCCACUACCCCUGCUCAUUUGUCCGAGUUCUUUUUUAAAGCUGAAUGGAUCCUGGAAAGUGGACGCGUAUUGUAAAUAAAGGCAGAUCUUGGUGUGCUUGAGGAGCGAUUUCCAGCUUUGUGGAAGAUCAAACCGCUGGGGAUCUUUGGCACCGUUCACCAUUCAUGUUCAAUACAAGCACCUACAUACAUAUAUACCAAGCUGCUGCUGCUGCUGCUGCUUCAAGCGAAGUUAUUGGUGGAGUAACGGGCGAGUUGAAAAUGAUAACGGGGUUUUGUUAGAUACCGUCAGUGAGAGCAACUAACAGAGUGCACCAAUCCCC